AUGGCACGCCUACGAUUUUCGAAUGUCCUCUCAGCCCGGCCAGCAUGCGGCAUUCGUACCUACACGCGGACAGCUGAGGCAUUGCGAUCGAACAUCUCCCGACCUCCGGUAAAUCGCCGUCCUAUAGCACAACCUCCAUUGGCCGGAACAAUUCCUGCAACUAGACGAUGGAUCACGCAACAGCACCAGCGGCGGAUGAAGGAGGCGGAGGAAGAAUGGGCCGAGUUCGCGAAGCAAAUAAAGGCUGGAAAAAGGAAGAGCUUUGUGGAACACCUUGAGGAGAGAGGUCUUAUUCAUGAUGUUGUUGGAGAACGGGACCUUUUGCACCGGGUAUUCACCGAGAAGAGAGUGGGAAUGUAUGCCGGAAUUGAUCCGACCGCUCCAUCUAUGCAUGUGGGACACAUGUUGCCGUUCAUGGUGCUGGCAUGGGGGUAUGUUUGGGGCUUGCCAGUGACCUUCUUGCUUGGUGGAUCUACAAGCCGUAUCGGUGACCCAACUGGACGAUUAAAAGGCCGAGAGCAAGUACACUCUUCGGUUCGAAAAGCCAAUAUGGCGAGUAUGCAUAUGCAACUGAAGAAGCUGGGCGCCAGUAUAGAGCGAUAUGGUAAACGACAUGGAUAUGAGAAGAAGUGGAUCUGGAAGCGCGCAUUGGUGAACAACAACACAUGGUGGAAUAAAGUACCGUUCCUCGAAGUGCUUCGAGACCUCGGCUCUCACACAAGACUGGGUCCCAUGCUGGGCAGAGAAACUGUGAAGAAUCGGAUGGCCAAAGGAGACGGCAUGUCCUUCGCCGAGUUCGCCUACCCCAUUUUGCAAGGCUGGGAUUGGUGGACCAUGUUCCGCAACGGCGUUCAGGUCCAAGUCGGAGGGUCCGACCAGUAUGGGAACAUCCUUUUCGGGAUGGAUGCCGUGAAGGCUAUCAGCAAGAAUACCGUGAUGGAACAGCAACAAGAUCCUUUGGAGAAUGACCUCGACAAGCCCAUUGGAUUCACAACACCAUUGCUCACAGCUCCAUCGGGUGAAAAGUUUGGCAAAUCCGCUGGUAAUGCUAUCUGGCUUGACAAGGAUAUGACUUCUACGUUCGAGCUCUAUCAGUUCUUUGUCAGGACCCCCGAUGACGCUGUUGAACGCUACCUGAAGAUGUUUACUUUUAUUCCUUUGCCCGAAAUCGCAAAGAUCAUGGAGCAACAGAACCAAGAUCCGUCUAAACGGGUUGCCCAACACGCUCUUGCGUACGAGUUCGUGGAGCUUAUCCACGGCAAGGAAGAAGCCGACGCUGUGGCCCUUCAGCACCGUCAACUCUUCCGGCCACGGUCGUCGACCGCUGAGCCGACACCGCUAGGCCCGACGACGAGCCCACAGUCUCGCGCCAUGCGUGGGCCAGACGCUAGUUUCGUUAAUCCCCAGUCAGGCAAUGUGCAUGCGCCGCAAACGAAUUUCGCAAACAUGCCGAACAUGAACGUCACGCUCCCGAAGUCUCUGGUGUACAACCAGACUUUCAAUAAGAUCUUGUGGUCUGCUGGACUUGUGUCGUCCAAGAGCGAAGGACACCGAGUUAUUGCCAACAAGGGUGCCUAUGUGGGAAGUCGCCCUGGUGAUAGUGGACCUAUGGGUGAUGACCUCUCCUUCACCCCGAUCCAGACGUGGGAGAGCACUAAGACGCAGGACUUUAUUGUUGACGGAGAGCUCUUGUUUCUCAAACUGGGCAAAUGGAAAUUCAAGAUGGUGAAGAUUAUUAGCGAUGAGGAGUUCAAACGUCUCGGCCUCAGUGCGCCCGGAUGGGAGUCAGAGCAGACCAACUCGGACAACAGCGAGAGCAAGGAGUGA